AUGUCUGAUGACAGUCCGGGAGAAAGGCGCGGCUUCCGGGCCUUCUUCGCCAAUGCUCUCCGGCCCAAGAAAUCCCGGCAAGUCUUGCGCAAGGGCUACAGCGCAUCCACUCCAGACCUCCGAGCCGGCUUCAAGCGGCCCAGCACUACCAGCGAAGAUGUCCCUCCGCUGCCCUCCCUGGCGCCAUUGGAGGCACAUCGCCUCAAAUACCGAGAACUCAACGCCAACAAAGACACCCAGCUCGGUGAAAGCCGCGAUCACACCGAACUCCUGCACGCCAUCGGCGUCCAGGAUCUCGAUCCCUCAGACCCUUACGCCAACCGCGCCGAUUCCGACAACCGUCCUCCUGGCGAGCCGGUAAUCGCCAGUCUCCCCCCGAUCCUCUGGGAGGAGAUCUGCUCCUAUCUCACGCCCGCAGACCAAGCCAGUCUCGCCUUCGCCAGCAAAACCCUCCUCUCCAAGCUCGCCCCGCUCCAACCCUGGCAAGCCCUCAACCACCCUUCCAACCGCGAAUACCGCUCCGACUUCCUCGUCUCCCAAGAUCGCUACCUCCCCCAUCAUCUCCUCUGCUUUCCAUGCGCCCGCUACCACCGUCGCACCCAAGAGGGCCAUGAGAAACUUCAACCCGCCCAUGUCAUCAAUCCCCUCUUCAACUGCCCCAACAUGCGCAACACCCUCCUCCCGCCCCCUCGUCACCGCAUCACCCACGGCCGCACCCUCCCCUUCAGCUUCGUCCAACUCGUCAUGCGCGCCCACAAAUACUCCCCUUCCUACGGCCUCGCCCCGGAAUCCCUCUCCCGCCGCUGGCGCCGCGAUGACUGGUCCCACCACACCCGCUUCCACAUCCACAAAGGCCACCUGCUAAUGCGGGUCAUCAGCACCCGCUUCGCAGACCCAGACCUUCCUCCCAGCUCGCAGCGUCUCCUCCUCUACUCCCGCGAAGACUACUGGCCGUACUUCUCCGCGUGCGCGCACUGGCGCGACGGCGAACUCAUGAACGUGUGCAAAUGUGCCCUCACUCAUGUCCCCGCACCCCGCGACACCUCUGCCCUACAGGGCCUCGAACACCGCGCUAAGGAUAUCAUGGCGCGGCGCAUCCACAACCCUAACUCAAUUGCCACCCUAUGCGGGAAAUGUCGUCCCAUGCGCCGCUGUCCGGAGUGUCCGUCUGAAUAUCUCGUCGAGAUCAAGUUAACCGAGGAUCGCGCGGACCCACGCGCGUUGCACUUCCGACAUGCGAUUGUGGUUACGCGGUGGUGUGAUCUGGGCGAUGGGACGUCGCCGCGGCUGUCGAGGGAAUGGGCAGCGUGUAAUGGGUUGCUGGAGGGGUAUGAUUCGUUCCAGAUGCUAGGGAAGCGGUCUAUUUCGGGGAUUUUCGAAUCUUCGAUUACGGAUGAUACGUUACCCGGGCAGAGGAUUAUAUCGAUGAAUCCGAAGGGGAAGAAAAGGGGCGAGGAUGGGACGGGGUGGUAUUGA